AUGCUUCAAGCUUUCGUGAGGCCAUCGGCCGGCGGCGUACGCGCGGCGUCCUCGCGAGCAUGGAGGCAGGAGAGCGUGCGGCUGCAGCAACUGCAGCGGGUUGCUCGUUUGCCACAGCCAGCGGCAGUAGUCGGCGAUGUCAGGAUGAUGGCGAGCGGUGCUGGCGCCGGGGGAGGAGGAGGAAGCAAGGCGGCGGCAAAGAAGCAGAAGCCCAAGAAGCCGGAGAGCUACUACAAGAAGACGGUUAUCCUCCCGCAGACUGGGUUUGAACAGCGCGCGAACGCCGUGAAGCGGGAGCCCGAGCUGCAGGCAUUCUGGGACGAGGAGCGCAUCUACGAGCGGGUGCUGGACGAUAACACUGGCGAGAAGUAUGUCUUGCACGACGGGCCACCUUACGCGAACGGAGACCUUCACAUCGGACAUGCCCUCAACAAGAUCUUGAAGGACUUCAUCAACCGUUAUCAGAUGCUCCGGGGGCGAAAAGUGGGCUACGUCCCCGGAUGGGACUGCCACGGCCUUCCGAUCGAGCUCAAGGUGCUGCAAAGCAUGAAGAGCAACGAGCGGAGAGGGAUGACACCGGUGCAACUCAGGAAGAAGGCGGCAGAGUUCGCCCGCAAUACGGUGUCCAAGCAGAGCGCAAGCUUCAGGAGGUACGGGGUGUGGGGCGACUUCGAGAAGCCCUACCUCACUCUUCAGCCCGAGUACGAGGCGGCGCAAAUCGAGGUGUUCGGCAAGAUGUUCACGGAGGGACACAUCUUCCGGGGGAGGAAGCCGGUCAACUGGUCGCCUUCAAGCAGGACGGCCCUGGCCGAGGCCGAGCUGGAGUACCCCGCGGGACACACGAGCACUUCGGUGUACGCCGCCUUUGAGGUAAAAGAAGCCACGCCUGCCCUUGAGAAGUACAUGGGGUCCGGUGGAGGGCUGGCCGUCUCAGUGUGGACCACUACCCCUUGGACGCUGCCGGCUAACCUUGCGGUGGCCGUGAGCGAGACCAUCCGGUACUCAGUGGUGGAGCACGCUUCCCUGGGCGACAGGAAGCUGCUGGUGGCGACAGACCUCGUAGGCGCCGUUAGCGCCAAGAUCGGUCUGGAAGAGGGAGACACGCUCAAGGUCGUGGAGACUUUUACGGGGAAGGAUCUCAUCGGCACCAAGUACCAACACCCCCUGUGCGACCGCGUGUCGGAAGUCGUCGUCGGGGGCGACUACAUCACCACCGAGACGGGCACCGGCCUGGUGCACACCGCCCCGGGGCACGGGCAGGAGGACUACGUGACGGGGCAAAAGUACGGCCUCCCGCUGCUGAGCCCGGUGGACGACGCCGGGAGGUUCACCGUCGAGGCGGGGGACAGGUUCAAGGGGCUGAACGUGCUGAAGGAGGGCAAUGAAGAAGUCCUGGUAGCUCUGGAGGAGGCGGGAGGGCUCCUGGCGAGGGAAGCUUACCAACACAAGUACCCGUACGACUGGAGGACGAAGAAGCCGACGAUUUUCCGCGCCACCGACCAGUGGUUCGCGUCCGUAGAUCGUUUCAGGGACACGGCACUCAGCGCUAUUGAGAAGGUCCAGUGGAUCCCCGAGGUGGGACAACGCCGGAUCACGACCAUGGUGGAGGGGCGAAAUGACUGGUGUAUCUCGAGGCAGCGCAGCUGGGGCCUGCCCAUCCCGGUGUUUUACAACAUCGAGUCGGGGGAGCCCAUGCUGACGACGGAAAGCAUCGAGCACAUCAGGGCUAUCGUGGCUGAGCACGGCUCGGACGCUUGGUGGGAGAUGGAAGUCGCCGACCUCCUCCCCCCGUCCUUGCAGGGAGAGGCAGACCAGUGGCGUCGAGGAACGGACACGAUGGACGUGUGGUUCGACUCUGGCUCGUCGUGGGCGGGCGUUGCCAAGGCCAGGGAGGAGCUGGACUACCCCGCCGAUCUGUACCUCGAGGGGUCGGACCAACACAGGGGCUGGUUCCAGUCCAGCCUGCUCACCUCCGUCGCCGCGAACGGUCACGCUCCGUACAAGACGGUGCUGACCCACGGCUUCGUGCUGGACGAGAAGGGCUACAAGAUGAGCAAGUCCCUCGGCAACACGCUCGACCCAACAGAGGUGAUCGAGGGCGGGAACAACAAGAAGCAGAAGCCCGCGUACGGUGCGGACGUGCUUCGGCUGUGGGUGUCGAGCGUGGACUACUCGGGUGAUGUGUGCGUCGGCGACCAAAUCAUCAAGCAGGCAUCCGAAUCCUACAGGAAGCUGCGGAACACGCUCCGAUACUUGACGGGAAGCCUGUUCGACUUCGACCCCGAAAAGGACAGCGUUCCUUACGAGGACCUCCCUUCCCUCGACAAGUACAUGCUGGGGAUGCUUUCGUCUGUGCUGGAAGAAGUGGAGAACGCCUUCGACGGCUAUCAGUUCUACAAGGCCAGCCAGGUAUUGCAGAGGUUCGCAACGGCCGAUCUAUCCAACUUUUACUUGGACGGGGCUAAGGACAGGUUGUAUAUUUCGAGCUCGGAUGACUUCCGGCGGCGGUCUUGCCAGACCGUGCUGCACACGAUGCUCAUGAGCCUGUCGACCGCCAUGGCCCCGAUUCUGCCGCACAUGGCGGAGGACGUUUGGCAGACGCUUCCGUUUAAACCCGAGGGCGGGCAAAGGAGCAUUUUCCAGGCUGGCUGGGCGACGGGGAGGCACGCGCAGCACGAGGCGGAAAAGUGGGGGCGUCUCCGCACUCUCAGGAACGACGUCAACAAAGCGCUGGAGCAGGCGCGAGGCGCGAAGGUCCUGGGGUCCUCGCUGGAGGGACAGGUGUUCAUUUACUGCAGCGACGACGGCUUGAAGGCAGAACUAGAAAGCCUCCUCGGGGACGAGACCCUCAAGAGGGAGCCGGAGCUCAGCAACGGCGUGGACGACCUUCGGUUUGUGCUUAUGGUAUCCAAGAUCAACCUGGUUUCUUCCACGGAGGCGGUCGAUUCCGCCUGCGCCGAGGGCAUGACCGUCUCGGCCAAAGACUCCGAGAGCGGGUGCGUCGUGGGCGUGUCUCGCGCGCCAGGCAACAAGUGCGAGAGGUGCUGGUACCACUGCGAUAGUGUGGGGUCCCACGAGGACCACCCUUCCUUGUGUUCCCGGUGCCACGGGGUAGUGGAGGGGCUGGGGCUUGCGCCGCCGCCGGCUGUGGAGACUGAGCCUGCGGCGGUAUCUGCUGCGUGA